CUGCUAUAAUGACAGAAUUUCAAGCUCUGAAAGGACUCUUCUUCUUAUGAUGCCUUCUGGCUAUAGCCAAGUGAGCUUAUCAGCCAGACUUUAAUUACAAAGUCCCUGAGAUCCCAAAGCACUUGCAAGAAAUUGCUGAGGAUAUGGAAUGGGCAGCAGAGAAGCUUGAUGAAUACAAGAAUGUAAUCAAUAUCUUGUUUAUUGAAGAUGAGGAGAAAAAGUACAUCGAAAUGAGCUAUAUCCUUUGGAAACUCUACACUGAUUGCCCUCAGUUAAGCUGCAUCGUUUGUUGGAAUGACUCAGAUCCUGAUUGAGAACAGAAAAAUGGCUUCAUAGAUGCAGCUGUCUACAUUUCACUCAGAAUUAGAUCCUGGUGCAAGACAGUCAUGGAAGAGAUUGAAGUCGGUCUGAUGGACGUAGAGUCUUUUUAUCUUAAAAAGGCUUUUGAAGUAGAAAACUACAUUAUAAACCAUACUAGCUUUUCUGAAUUUAACAACUCCAGAGUCUGCAUUCGCAAAUUGAUUAGCUCUUACCUCUUACCGAACUACCAGAGGCCGAUCCUAGUUGAGUGAGACCAGUACGAGAAGUACAUCAGACAAGCUAUAGAGCUGGACAGUGACCAUUACGAUGCGAUUUCGAACAAAACUGCUGCUUUGGAACUCAUCGUUAUUUUGUUUGUAGUCCUACUUCUUGUGGCCUUGUGGCUGACAAAACUGGAAUAUCAGGUGUACAAAAAAAACUACAAUAAAGCACGUUUGGCAAUCGGUGGAAAUGCUGUUGUAGGGGUGGAUAUGGCCAAUCUGGGUUAAGACUAAUCUAGAUGAUAAGAGGCAGCUGAAAAAGUUAUUAGCCAUAUUUAUAAUUUCUUGCGAUCUUUCA